AUGUCGCUAAAAGUACCUAAAGCUAACAAUAUACAGCUCUUCAAGGAGGGAUACAAGCACCUGCAAGGCCUUGAUGAGGCGGUACUACGAAACAUCCAGGCCGUGAACGAGCUAUCAGACCUCGUACGGACGAGUUUUGGUCCAAAUGGUCGAAACAAGCUCCUCAUCAACCACCUUGGAAGACUCUUUGUUACCUCAGAUGCUGCGACGAUAAUCCGCGAAAUCGAGGUCGUGCACCCUGCAGCAAAGCUGUUAGUCAUGGCAUCGCAAGCUCAAGAAGCCGAGAUGGGUGAUGCAACCAACAUGGUUCUGAUUCUCGGAGGCGAAUUGUUGAAGAAAGCUGAGCAUCUGCUGAUUAUGGGCCUGCAUCCAAGCGAAGUCAUCAAGGGAUACGAACUUGCUGCUGCUAAGGCACAGUCAGAACUUGAAAAACUGUCAACAUUCAGCCUACCGAGUCCUCUUACGCAUUCCUCGCUGUCCGCAGCUCUGAAGCCAGCCAUUGCUUCAAAACAAUAUGGAUUCGAAGACCAACUCGCGUCACUAGUCGCAGAAGCUGCGCUUUCCAUCAUGCCCGCGAACCCCAAAAACUUCAAUGUCGACAACGUUCGGGUGGUGAAGAUCAUGGGCGGAAGUCUAGCAGGCAGUAAAGUGGUAUCAGGAAUGGUGUUUGGACGAGAACCUGAAGGCACCGUGAAGAAAGUGACAAGAGGAAAGGUCGCAGUCUUCACAACUGCGCUCGACAUCGCACAGACCGAAACUAAAGGGACAGUGCUCAUAAAAAACGCAGACGAGAUGCUCAACUUCACCACCGGCGAGGAGAAGCAGCUCGAGAAGAUCUUCAAAGAGAUCGCGGACUCUGGCAUCAAGGUCAUCAUUGCCGGCUCGAAUGUAGGCGAGCUCGCGUUGCACUACCUCAACCGUUUCGACAUCGCUGUUCUCAAGGUCCUCUCCAAGUUUGAGCUGCGUCGCCUGUGUCGUGUCGUUAACGCCACGCCCCUUGCUCGUGUUGGAGCCCCAACACCUGAGGAGGCCGGUUUCGUCGAUGUGUUUGAGACAAUCGAGAUUGGAGGCGAUCGUGUUACGGUCCUACGUCAGCUCUCGCCCGGCGAGCCUGGAUUUGACCCAACAGCACAGGGCGAGAAGACACGGACGGCGACCAUCGUCCUGCGUGGCGCGACGUCGAACAACCUGGAUGACCUCGAGCGGGCGAUCGACGACGGUGUAAACGUGAUCAAGGGUCUGCUGAAGGAUCCACGGCUCGUUGCAGGGGCUGGUGCAGCGGAGAUGGAGCUCGCAAAGAGGGUAGACGCCUAUGGUAGCGGGAUAAAGGGUCUAUCACAACAUGCCAUCAAGAAAUUCUCGAGUGCCCUCGAGGUCGUACCUCGUAUGCUCGCGGAGAACGCUAUGGGCGGCGCUGAAGGUAACGAAGUGCUUAGUCGACUUUGGGCGAAGCAUGAGCAGAAGGGUGGCGAGGCAUGGGGUGUUGACGUCGAGUGCGAGACGGAUGGCACUCUCCAAGCCGACAAGCACCAGAUCUGGGACUCACUCGCUGCCAAGGCCUGGGCUAUCCGGUUAGCCACCGAGGCAGCCAACUCAGUGCUCAGUGUCGACAGCAUCAUCAUGAGCAAGCCCGCUGGUGGGCCCAAAGUCCCUCAGCAAGCAGGCAACUGGGACGCUGACGAUUGA